AUGGACCCCGCGGCGCGCACCCCGGGGCGCAGGGCGGCAGUCAGGGCGCUGCUGCUCGCCGCGGCCGCCACCGCGAAGGGCGUCCGGGCAGACGUGAGGGGCGCGGCGGCCCGGCCCCGGGGGGACCCGUGCGGGAGCCCUAAGCAGGAGCGGCCUCGAGAGGAGGAGGCGGCGGCCGGACACGAGCUCCUAUUGCCAAAUGAGAGAAGCUUCCAGAAUGCGGCUAAAAGCAAUAAUUUGGAUCUUAUGGAGAAGCUGUUUGAAAAGAAGGUUAACAUUGAUGCUGUGAACAAUAUGAACCGCACAGCCCUGCAUUUUGCAGUGGGAGCAAAUCAUUUAUCUGCGGUGGAUUUCUUGCUUAAUCAUAAGGCCAGGGUGGAUGUUGCUGAUAAGCAUGGCUUGACAGUAAUUCACCUUGCAGCCUGGUCUGGAAGCCUCGAGAUCAUGCUCAUGCUGGUGAGAGCUGGAGCAGACCGGAGAGCCAAGAAUCAGGAUGGAAUGAAUGCCCUCCACUUUGCAGCUCAGAGCAAUAAUGUGCGCAUUGUAGAGUACCUCAUUCAAGACCUGCACCUGAAGGACCUGGACCAGCCUGAUGAGAAAGGAAGAAAACCAUUUCUUUUGGCAGCUAAGAGGGGCCAUGUCGAAAUGAUAGAAGAACUUAUCUUCCUUAAUCUGCAUACUUCAGAGAAGGACAAGGAGGGAAACGCUGCCCUGCACCUCGCAGCGAAGCAUGGUCACAGUUCUGUGGUAAGGGUGCUGCUAGCCCAGUGGGAAGAAGUAAAUGAGACCAAUGAGAAUGGAGAAACACCAUUCUUCCUGGCUGUUGCAGGAGGUCAUGAAGAAUGCAGCAAAGUGCUGCUGGCAGCAGGAAGUGAUAUCAACAUUCCAAAUAAACUCAAUAUCAGUGCUUUGCAGAUAGCAACCCAGAAUGGCCACGCAUCCCUCGUCAGCUUUCUUCUCAGCGAGAACGUUGAUCUGCACCAGAAUGUGGGACCUAAGGAGUCUGCUCUUCAUUUAGCUGUUAUCAACAACCACAUCACCGUGGUAAACAGCUUAUUAAAUGCAAAGCAUGAUACUAACAUCUUAAAUCAGAGGCAGCAGACUCCUUUGCAUGUAGCUGCUGAUCUUGGAAAUGUGGAGCUGGUGGAGACCCUGCUGAAGGCAGGCUGUGAUCUGAAGGUUGUUGAUAAGCAAGGGAAGACUGCUUUGGCUGUGGCUUCCAGAAGCAACCACAGCCUUGUUGUGGACAUGCUCAUAAAAGCAGAGAGAUACUAUGCCUGGAGAGAGAAGCAUGGUGAGAACAUCAGGGACCCAAUAACCAACUUGUCUCUGACAUUCAAGCAAGAUCACAGUCAGGAGACCAGGCAAAUUCGCAGUCUCCUGUGGAACCUGGCUUAUCGUCAGCUGAAGGCCAACGAGUGGCAGAGGCUGGCCCGUGUGUGGAACUUCACAGAUGACCAGAUCAGAGCCAUCGAGGAACAGUGGUCAGGAAAGGACAGCUUCCGUGAACAUGGCCACAGGGCUCUGCUCACCUGGCUGCAUGGGAUCCUGAUAAUGCAGGACACGCCGAUCAAGCACCUGCAUGAAGGGCUGGUACGCGCAGGUUUCCCGGAGCUAGCUGAAAAGAUCCGUCAAUUCAAAAGUGAAACGGACUCAAAGCCCAAGAAAUGUACAGUUUCAUAAAUGCCUAGAGAAAUUGUGUUUAAAUGAUUUUCCACUCAGCAUCCAGUUCUUUUAAGUUCAGUUCUUCAAUGCCGUAAAGUUCCUCUAGCAGUAGGAUUAAUUUUCAACUAUGAAGAUGGUGGUAAUG